CCCUAAAAAUCUACACAAGGUGUAAAUAUGCGAGAGGAAGUGCGACGAGGAAGUAGCCCUAAAAAUCUACACAAGGUGUAAAUAUGCGAGAGGAAGUGCGACGAGGAAGUAGCCCUAAAAAUUUACACAAGGUGUAAAGGAGAGCACUAUUCCGAAGUUCUUGAUAAUAACUGGCUUCUCCCAGUUUUCAGCUGCGAAAAUGAAGUUUCUUGUCUGUCUGAUGUUCUUCUUGGUCACCGCGGGCUUCGCUUCAGGCCAGUCCGUCCAAGGGGUACACAGUUGUUCUGUCCAGGGCCCGCCAGGUCUGCCCGGGAGGGACGGUAGGGAUGGCCGAGACUGUCCCUGUGGAACAAAAGACGCAGAGAUUGAUGAACUACAAAGGCAGUAUCGGGAGCUCGAGCAGAGGCUGUCCGACCUAGAGAAUAGAACCGAGACCACAUCCAUGCCUGGCCCAGGAGGUACAUACAGUAUACCGUCCAGCUGCACUGAAGUGGCAGAAAGAAGUGGAAUUCAUGACCAGACUUUGUACGUCAUCGACCCAGACGGACCCGGACGUGGGGUCCUGCCGAUGGUUGUUCAGUGUGAUCUUCAGGGAGAAACACCAAUUACGCUGAUUAGCCACGACAGCGAGGCCCGCACACAUGUGAAUGGGUUUGAGAAUCCAGGUAGCUACUCCAAGGAUGUGACAUACUGGAACAGCAUGGAACAAGUGAGAGCUGUGGUGGACCAAGCAAGCUCCUGCAAACAGCACAUCAAGUAUGAAUGCCAUGGUUCCGUGAUCUGGAGUGGCAGCACACCCUAUGCCUGGUGGGUGACUUGGGACGGUCGCCAGGCUGACUACUGGGGAGGUGCCAGUCCUGGGAGUGGGAAAUGUGCCUGUGGAGAAACGGGCGCUUGCUCUGGUAGCUGCUACUGUGACGCCAAUGAUUUAACAUGGCGUGAGGAUUCUGGGUUCCUGUCUCACAAGAAUGACCUGCCGGUCACCCAGCUCAGGUUCGGGGAUACCGGUGGUUCUCAAGAAGAUGGCUACUACACCCUGGGGAAACUUAUCUGCUAUCCCUGAGUCUCUCUCUCUCUCUCUCUCUCUCCAUAUAUUUGUAGGUUUACGUACUAGUAAUUACUAUGUAAAGAUGUUUAAUGUAUAAUAGUAUUAAAAUGCUGCAUAUUAUUGACAUCUAGGUAGGUGUCAUAAAAAUAAAAAAAACAUUAUUGUAGUACGCACGUUUCUUUAGAAAUGGAACAUAAUUAGUUUUUGCUGACAUUCUUCUUAUUUUAAGUUGGUGCACCACAUUUUUUUUCAUCAGUGCACCUAUUCCCAAAAAUAAAUUUCGAGCCCUGUUGUGUGAAUCCUUGUCUGCCUGUUGAAUACUAGUAUAUAUAAAUCGGUGCAGCAGUUAACAGUCAAAUGUGCCUGAAACACAUGUGUUGUAAUAGUACAGACUUAACACAAUUUGAUUAUUGCAUUUUCUACAAGUUUUGAAUUUAUUGUUGACAAGGUGCGUUUUAUAAGUUAACACAUUCAACCACCAAGUUGCAUGUAUGUCAUGACACGCACCGCUUUGUGAACGAUCUAAUUAUGUUUACCCUCGCAGAAGGAAAACAUACUAUUUUUGCUCAGUUUCUUCUUCCGUUCCAAACGCAUAUUGACAAUGACCUGGACCAGGUGGCUAUCACUAUGGUAACUAGUGUUGUAGCAGACACUCUGUGAUGUUGGAUUACAUGAUGUAACGCAGUAAGGGACAGUUUACCAUGUAUACAUGAAUGUGUUUGAGUAAGAAUAAACAGACCAGCACUUUGUAUGGCUAGACCGGCAUGAGAAGGUAAACAUCAUGUAUCUUCGUUGCAAAUGUUUACUUUCUAGUCAGGCAUUAUAUUAGCAGUAAAUGAUACAAGGCCUAAGGUGUCAAUGGUGACGGAAGUGUUACAUCUAAUAACAGAAAAUGUGUCAUAUUUCAAACUAAAGCAAAGAGUGGUUUGUGGACUUGAUGUUUGUUUUGUCAACAUUUAUUUGGUUUUUGUGAAAGAUUUACUCAUUCAUCGUAUAACAGGUAGUGGCAUGUAAUACAUUGUACAUACAGCAGCUCAACUCAUUGUUAUUUUGUGUUUGCCAAAAUAAAUAAUAAAUAGUAAACACCAUCAAACGUUUACUCAAACUGAUGAACAAUUUUCAUCGUAGAAUACGAUUUUACUUAUUAUAUUAGAAUAUCAUAAAUGUUAUUUCUAUCA